GGUCCGUCCGGGCGGCGGGAACGGGCCGGGCGGGCGCGGCGGCCCCGGCCCCUCCUGCUGCCCCCGCCGCCCGCCCAGCCCCGCGCCGUGCGGCCCCGAGCGCCGGCGCUGCCUCCCCCCGACGCGCCAACAAAGGCCGCGGGCGGGCGGGCAAGGGGAAGGGUUUCGUUUCCGCCCCGCCGCGCCCGAGCAGGCCGAGAAACACGUCUGUGAGAGCCUGGCGUGAACAAAAGGGAGCGCAGAGCCCCACGGGCGGCGUUGUCUCAGUAGAGAAGCGCCCAGAGGGAGCAGGGCCCAGAGGAGGAGAAGAUGCCCCUUCAGCAGAGUAAAGCGAUCUUGAAUAUCGGGCCUCAUGUAAGCCAGGCAGGACAGAUGUCACCAAGAUGGAGUCAUUUUACACACACUAAAACGUUAUCACUUAAUCAUGGAAAGUCUGAGGUCUGCCAUCUCUUGAAAUCCAUGGAAUUUAGAGCUAUGAACGACAUUGGAGAUUACAUAGGUUCCAACAUUGAAAUAUCCUGGUUACCCAACCUGGAUGAUUUAAUGAAAGGGUAUGCAAGGAACUUCAGGCCUGGGAUUGGAGGUCCUCCUGUUAAUGUUGCUCUUGCCAUUGAAGUAGCCAGCAUUGACCACAUCUCAGAAGUGAACAUGGAAUACACCAUGACGGUAUUUUUGCACCAGAGCUGGCGAGAUGACCGUCUGUCGUACAACCACACCAAUGAAACUCUGGGCUUAGACAGUCGGUUUGUGGACAAGCUCUGGUUGCCAGAUACUUUCAUAGUAAAUGCCAAGUCUGCCUGGUUCCAUGAUGUGACUGUGGAAAACAAACUUAUCCGACUCCAGCCAGAUGGAGUCAUUUUAUACAGCAUCAGGAUUACCUCAACAGUGGCCUGUGACAUGGACCUUUCCAAGUAUCCAAUGGAUGAGCAGGAAUGCAUGCUGGAUUUGGAGAGCUAUGGUUACUCUUCAGAGGACAUCGUCUACCACUGGUCAGAAAACCAGGAUGAGAUCCACGGGCUGGAUAAGCUGCAGCUUGCUCAGUUCACAAUUACCAAUUACCAGUUCACAACAGAAAUUAUGAACUUCAAAUCUGCAGGUCAGUUUCCCAGGCUCAGUCUCCACUUCCACCUCCGGCGAAAUCGAGGCGUUUACAUCAUUCAGUCUUAUGUUCCUUCCAUCUUACUGGUGGCCAUGUCAUGGGUCUCCUUCUGGAUCAGUCAGUCAGCUGUGCCUGCCCGAGUAUCUCUAGGUAUAACUACUGUCCUCACCAUGACCACACUGAUGGUCAGUGCCCGAUCUUCACUCCCACGAGCUUCUGCCAUCAAGGCACUUGAUGUUUACUUCUGGAUUUGCUACGUGUUUGUCUUUGCUGCGCUGGUGGAAUAUGCAUUUGCACAUUUCAAUGCUGACUACAUGAAGAAGCAAAAGAACAAGCAGAAGCUGAAGGCCAGAAGGCAGAGUGCAGAGAUCAACGUGAAGAAUGCCAUUGUUCUGUUUUCCCUUUCCAUAGCUGGUGUGAACCAGGAACUGGCCAUUUCCAACAGGCAGCACCGAAUUCCCAGACGCCUGCCUGGCUCGUAUGGCACAAUAGAAAUAGAAACUGGAGAGACAAAACGGCAGCAGCUAAUGAGAGUGGAUAAAAAGAGUGGUCUGAAGUCCCUCUUUAAGCCCAUUGAUGCUGAUACCAUUGAUAUAUAUGCCAGAGCAGUGUUCCCAGCAGCCUUUGCAGCAGUCAAUGUUAUAUACUGGGUUGCAUACACAAUGUAAAAAAAAAGGAAGAAAAUUUAUGUGAAGAGCUACAAAUGGAACAAUACCUACAGACUUAAAAGCCCUUGCUGAAACUGUACUGAUUCAUCUCUUCUCAAAAUAUUUUCCAAUGAGCUCAAGACAUUUCUAAAGUCAAGAAAGUCCUGCAAUCAAUUCCUACCACAAGCAGCAAUUUCUUACUGAUCUGAUUUGGUACAGUAAUAACUCUACUCUGCCAAAUAAUCCCAGCUCCUUAUUUCCUGUGUUACCAUGAGCCCAUUUUCCGUAUGUACAUAUUUGUAGCAAAAGUUUAAAUCUUAAAUUACCAUGGUUUUCCUCCACUUUAAGGGCUGAUCAGGUAUGAAGAUUUUGACUUUUCACACUCAGAUCGUUUCCAUUUUUGUAGUGGAAGAGCCAGUUCCUCCCUGCCACACAAAUGGUUUUCUGCAUCUGGCCUUCUGGGAGGUGGUCUAAGUUUAACAGUAGUGGUAAAGUUGGAGUUUUUAAUAAUAUAAAUCUCAUUAAUACAGUAAAAGGGAAUAGAAGGAAGUGGAGGAUUUUUCUUAAAUUAUUAUUAUUUGUCUUGAAUAAAUUGAAAACAUUUCAAUGCUCUUAGUCACAGCAUGAAAUAAAAUAUACUACAUAAAAUUCUA